AGCUCACUCGGGUUUGAGGUGCAGCUGCAAUUGCGCUAUAGCAUCGGGCAAUCUCUCCACUUCCUGUUAACAUUUCAAAUCCGGGACCGAGUAGCUCACUCACUCGAUCAACGUUCCCGGCAAAGAUGGCCUCUCGUGAAGAAGAAAAUCACAUCAGAAAUCUGAACGAGUUGUCGAAACAAGCAAUUGAUGAAUGUGAAGAAUUGAUAAAAGAAAAUGAGAGAAUAAGAGAUGAGAAUGCAAAAUUGAUUGAAGAAAGAAAUAAUGCUAUUCAUCAACUGAAGGAGUUUCAUAGAGUUUCACAGCUGGUGAUUGAGGAAGUCAGUACUAUACAAAACCACCUUGACAUUGAGAAAAGUUGCCGUGAAAAUGCAGAAGUGUUUGCUUCGAAGCUGGAGAAAGACAACAAGUCACUUAAAAGAAUCAGCAAUUUGUAUUUGGCAAAACUUGGAAAGGAGACCACCUCGCUAGACUUGUCUUUAGAUGAGGAUUUAGCAAUUGAUGUGACAAAUGCAACAUUGGACAAAGAUGCCAGAUGUUCCUCCGUUGACUGCCAACAUCAAAUCCAAGAACUUCGAAAUGAAUUGAUAUCAACACUUGAAGAGAAGAAGCAGUUAUCUUUUCAGUUGGAAAACCUGAAAGGUCAUUGGGAGGACCUAACUGAUAAACUACAGAAGGAAGAGCAGAGAAAUAUUGAUCUGGCUGCAGAGAUUGAUAAGCAGAAUCAACUUCUAGCCAAGUACAACAAAGUUUCCAUUUUGGCCCUGGAGGAAUAUGAGGACCUGGAAAAAAGUCUGGAUCUGGAGAAGGAUCUCCGAAAGGAGGCAGAAACCUUUGCCCAUGAGAUGCUUUUGGAACAAAAGAAAUUUAAAAGGCAAAGUCAAAUUCUUAUUCAGAAGAUGGUGCCUAAUGAGCAGUUGAUGAAAGCACUUGAUGACCUUGCUAUUGUCACAGAGACUAUAGAGGAGGAGCGAAUUCUGCAUGAGAAAAAGCUAAAGGAGAUGCAGGAACAAUUAGAUGAUUGCACCCUUAAGAAGGAAUUAAAUUCACUGAUGAAACAGCUUGAGCUUCUCAAAGAAGACAAAGAAGAACUCGAAAUAAAAUGCCAAAACUAUUCCCAGCAAGUGAAAGAUCUGAAACACACCAUUGAUGAGCUACAGAAGCAGAUCCAACAAGCAGAAAAAUCAACACCAUCACUGCCGCCGCCACCUCCAAUGCCAUCACCCUCUUCAAGUCCACUCAAAAAUCUGAUGAAGAUCAUUUGUAAAGGACAGAAAACAUCCAAUUUGUCUGGUGUUGGAAAGGCCCUACCUGAAGAAGCAGGGAAACCUUUAGAAGAUCUGAAGAAACAGGCUGUUGAUGAAAUGAUGGAGAGAAUUAAGAAGGGUGUUCUCCUUCGGAAAGUUGAUCAUACUAACAGGACUCGACUGAAUAAGAAUGAACCUCCGGAAGAAAAUGCACUCCAAGAACUCAGAGGAAUGUUGAAAUCUAGUAAAGUUGGAACAUUGACAACAAUUACUCAGGUUAAUGAAGAAAAUGAGCUGGAAAGAGUUCUUCAACACAGAAAGGCAGCAGCAGAAACUAAUGCUAGUGGCAAGUUCUCAAUAAACUCUGUUUAUAAUCCAUAGCUAAUGAUUCUUCUAGAGCAAUUGGCUACCGGGUGUUUUUUAUCCAAGUUGGACCAUUUUCUUCCACUUAUGGCACAGUGAAUAGAAAUGUUUCAUCACUAAUAUUUUCUUUUGUGUACUACUUGUAACCUUAAAGAAUAAAAUCAAGUUUUCAUCUUUAUUUUCUAAUAUGACAACUAUUUUCUGACUUUUAAAGAUUGAAAACUAUAUUUUCACUUAAAAGUUAGCAGCUUUUUGUAUAACAAAGUAAUAGAAAAGUAAAAAAAAAUGCUUCCCACAUAGUUCACUUGUCAAUUUUAAAGGUUUUCACCAACAACUGUCUGAAUGGCUUACUUAUCUUGAGUAAAGGUGGUUAUAGACAGCCCAGUAUUAUAAUAGGACAUUACAAUCAGCACUUCUUUUUAUUUGCCUUCAGGAAACGACAGCUGGUUUACUGAAUUCAAACCUUUAGCAGGGAUGCAAGUACCUCUCUGUUUCAAUAAUUUGUGCUUUCAAAACAUUGAGGCUUUCCCCUUAAAUCAUCCCAUUAUAUUGGUGUAAAGUCUGGACUAUGCUGCCAUCUUUCAUGCUUUGAGCCAAAGACUGUUUUGCAUAUUGAAUUUUCAGGCAACAAUUGUCUGAUGCUAACUGGAUAUUUUAUAGGAUUUCUUUUGACUUUUAGUAGUAUUCAUUUGAUUCUGCCACCCUCAUGUUCAGUUUUCCAUGAUUUUUCAGGUAGUUUUUAGCAAGCUGCAUCACUUACACAAUAUCCAAUGAAUAGAAGGAGAAAAUGGGCUUCUCUUGCUACACAUUGCCAAGUACUAAACAUGUUUUAAAAAAAGGGAGAAAAUUGAGAAUCCAACACUUAAAUACAAUCCUGAACAUGUCUCUUCUUGGAAAUCUUAUUGACAAAAUCAAAAGCAUUAACUGGAGUUAUAAAUCAGCUUUUUCCUCCCCAAAAAAAAAGGAUGGUAUUAAUUUCCAUUUCAAAGAAACUAAUUAUAUGAGGCUAUACAUAAAGGACUUUUAAAAUCCAGUUAGAUUGGAAUAUUUAAUUAAGAAAAUAUACAGGACAUAACGAAACCCAGAAGGUUUUGUUGACUUAACAUUAAGUGAAGUGAGAGAAAAUGAAUGCUGUGACAUAUGUUGUGACUUCAAGUGUCUUAUUAACCCCAACUCCAAGGUGAACAUUUCAUUGGUUUGUAUUAGAAGUAUUAGCUUUUCUUUCAAAACUAAGUUGUUUGUUUUUAAGUCAAAUGAGAGUAAUUGUUCCAUCUGUCACAUAUGAGGAUUUUGGAUAAAUUGUCAGAACAAAAAGUGCUAAGUAAAUGGGAUCAACUUGUUGCUUUGUGCAGUCAUCAGUAAUUGAAGCUUUGGUGCUUCAUACUGUUGAGAAAUAAAUCUAGCCUUUACAGGUGUGUGCCACUCAAAGAUUACAGAGGGAAUUGAAAGGAGUUAAGUCAGCACAAAUGGAAACGGAAAUUACCUGCCGAUCCAAGUCUCGUUAUGUUGUGGCUGCAUUUGAUUGAAGCAAUCUGUUUUUAUUUUCUGAUGCACAUGUAAUCAUUUCUCAAAAGGUAUGAUAAAUCAUUAAAGAAGGACCAAAAGCAGAAAGCCAUCCAAAUAUUUUUUGUCUAUACAGAGGUUUUGUACAUUUUGGACUUGUUGAACCAAAGUGAUCACAGGAUGUAUAAGAGAGUGUUCUGUUUUCUGCCCUUUUCAGCAAUAUUUUUUUCACAGUUCAUUUGUGAACAACAAUACUGUUGUACAGUUAGUGAAAAAGAGGGAUAAAUUUAAUUUGCUUAAGUGAAAGUUUCUUGAAGUUGCCUUUUGUCGAUGUGCUCAGGUUUUUGUCCAUUCUUUAAAGAUUAGAUUUUAAUAACUGUUCCAAAGUGUCUAUGGUACCAAAGUUUUGAUCCUCUAUAUAAUUUAUUUUGCUGUAUGAAGUACAAAUUACCUUCACAGGAAAGGAAAUGAAAUAAACCUGUGUAAAUGCAGGCACAAUACAUGAUAAAUUGAAACUGGAACGCACUUUGUAUUUUAGUAUUCUGCACAGUCAUG